AUGUUGCGGAUGCAGUUGCAGGAUACCAAAUUCAUCUACAACCGCAACCGGACUGAUAUAGAGGAACUGACGGUCUACAAGACUCCAAGAUACGAUCCCUUGUACACAAACUCAAGAUUCGCUAUAAGCACGUUCAUAGACGGAUAUAGGGGAUUAUCAGCAAUGAACUUGAAAGGACAAAUUGAAGGCGAUAUCGGGAGACUCUCUGAAUUAAUAUCCUUGGACCUUUCAUUCAACAAAGCCCUCACGGGUUCUCUGUCUCCACGAUUAGGAGAUCUGAGCAAGUUAAAUAUCCUGAUCCUAGCUGGCUGCGGAUUCAGUGGCAAUAUUCCAGAGGAAUUGGGCAAUCUUGAAGAGCUAACUUUCUUGGCUCUGAAUACGAAUAAAUUUACUGGUCAAAUACCUCCUUUGGGUAAACUCUCCAAACUUUUCUGGUUGGACCUGGCAGACAAUCAGUUGACUGGAACUCUACCAAUUUCAACCCCCGUUACCUCAGGCUUAGACAAACUAUUGAAGGCUGAACACUUCCAUUUCAACAAGAACCAGCUUUCAGGUACCAUUCCACCCAAACUUUUCAGCUCUGAGAUGAAACUGAUACACAUUUUGUUUGAUGGAAAUCAAUUUAUUGGGGAGAUUCCAUCAACCAUAGCACUCGUUCCGACUCUUGAGGUUCUUCGGCUUGAUAGAAAUGCUCUGACAGGAAAUGUCCCCCCAAAUAUCAGCAACCUAACAAGUGUCAAUGAACUAAAUUUGGCCCACAACAAUUUGACAGGCCCUUUACCUGACUUAACUGGAAUGAUUUCCCUCCAUUAUGUAGACCUGAGUAACAACUCAUUUGACCCAUCAGAAGCUCCACGUUGGUUCUCAAACUUACCCUCAAUCACCACUAUCGUUUUAGAAUUUGGAGCACUUGAAGGGACUGUGCCAGAGAAGAUGUUCAGCAUCACAUCAUUGCAGCAAGUGAAACUGAAAAACAAUACGUUUAACGAUACAUUGAAAUUGGGUGAUAGCAUCAGUCCACAGCUGCAGCUUGUUGAUCUGCAGAACAAUCAGAUUUCUAAAAUAACUCUGGCUUAUGAAUACAAACAUACAUUAAUACUUGUAGGGAACCCAGUUUGCACCAGUGGAACUAGCUCAAAUUCAUUCUGUCAGCUUCCACCGCAACAAGAUACAGAAACGUAUACUACUAGCUCGAAUUGUGCACACAUUACAUGCCCCGAUAAUCAGAAGCUCAGCCCUCAGAGUUGUCAAUGUGCAUAUCCUUUUGAAGGAACAUUGUAUUUCAGAGCACCCUCUUUCAGGGAAUUGUCAAAUGUGACUAUGUUUCACUCACUAGAAACGGGUCUAUGGGAAACACUUGGCCUCACUCCUGGUUCAGUUUCUCUUAAAAAUCCUUUCUUCAACACUAAUGACUAUCUUCAAAUUCAGCUGGCACUCUUUCCACCUAUAGGAACAUAUUUUAGUAUGUCAGAGAUUAUAAGGAUUGGUUUUGAUUUGAACCACCAAAAUCACAAGCCACCGGAGGGGUUUGGACCCUAUUAUUUUAUUCCAGAUCCUUAUACUUUCCCAGGUGGGAAUAAAAGUUCUAUGAGCACUGAUGUUAUUAUUGGGAUAUCAGUUAGUUGUGUGGCUCUUGUACUGGGCCUCGUGGUAGUGGGAAUAUGUGCCAUUAGGCAAAAGAAACGUGCAGAAAGAGCCAUUGGAUUAAGCCGACCUUUUGCUUCUUGGGCACCAAGCGGAAAAGAUAGUGGUGGUGCACCACAGUUAAAGGGAGCAAGAUGUUUUUCUUUUGAUGAGCUUAAGAAAUGCACAAAUAAUUUCUCUGACAGUAAUGAGAUAGGAUCUGGUGGAUACGGGAAGGUUUACAGGGGCAUGCUUUCUGAUGGACAAAUGGUGGCAAUCAAAAGAGCUCAGCAAGGAUCAAUGCAGGGUGGCCUUGAGUUCAAGACUGAAAUCGAGUUGCUCUCGCGAAUUCAUCACAAAAAUGUUGUUGGCCUUUUGGGAUUUUGUUUUGAACAAGGAGAACAGAUGCUGGUCUAUGAGUUUAUGCCUAAUGGAACACUCAGGGAAAGCUUGUCAGGGAGAUCUGGUAUUCAUCUUGAUUGGAAGAGGAGACUCCGCAUCACUCUUGGCUCGGCAAGAGGACUAGCUUACCUACAUGAGCUUGCAAAUCCUCCUAUAAUUCACAGAGAUGUGAAGUCCGCCAACAUUCUAUUAGAUGAACAUUUAACCGCGAAGGUUGCAGAUUUCGGCUUGUCCAAGCUGGUAGCUGACAGUGGAAAAGGGCAUGUCUCAAGUCAGGUCAAAGGCACACCGGGAUAUCUUGAUCCUGAAUACUACACAACUCAUCAGUUAACUGAGAAGAGUGAUGUAUACAGCUUUGGAGUGGUGAUGCUUGAAUUGAUAACGGCUAGGCAGCCUAUUGAGAAGGGAAAAUACAUCGUCCGUGAGGUACGAUUGAUGAUGGACAAGAAUGAUGAAGAACACUAUGGUUUGAGGGAGUUAAUGGAUCGAAGCAUUCGAAACUCUGGAACCCUUAUUGGGUUUGGGAGGUUCCUGGAGCUGGCCCUGCAAUGCGUUGAAGAAUCAGCUGCAGACCGCCCCACAAUGAGUGAGCUUGUGAAGGCUAUUGAAACCAUUCUGCAGAAUGAUGGCAUGAACACAAACUCAACAUCAGCAUCUUCAUCAGCCACAGAAUUUGCAGCAUCAAAAGGAGCUCCUAAGCAUCCGUACAACGAUGGCUUGCCG